AUGGGUUAAUUUAUUGGGAUACAUUUUGAGUAUAAUGCCUUUACUAUGAAAGGACGUUCAAAAAUUAUGCGUAACAUUGGACCAAUGUCAAAAUCCUUUUGGAUCAUUUUAUUAAUACAAGGCCUUAAAAUUUAUUACUAAGAGUUCAUAGAUAAGCCGAAAAUGUUUUGGAAUUAGCAAGAUAGUUAGAAUCUAGGGAUGAUAUCCUAUGGGUUUCAUAUCCAGGACUUGAAUCAUAUCCUCAUCAUGAAAAUUCCAAAAAAUAUAUCCGGAAUGGAUUUGGAUGUAUUUGGCUUUUGGUGUUAAAGAUGAUGCUAAUGUUGGAGCCGCAUUCAUUGAUGCUUUACAAAUUACAACUUGCAAGUCAUUUGGCAUAUGUGAGAGACGCAAAAACUCUCGUGAUGCAUCGACACAUCAAAUUAACGGACGAAAGAACAAUUAUCAGCAGGAGUAAAUAAAGAGAUGAUACGUGGUUCUGUUGGCUAUGAACAUAUGAUGAUAUUGAAGAAGACUAUACAAUUGCGUUUGUAAAAAAUAAAUAGAGAGUGGGAAAAUAUGAGAGGCGUUUACAAUACUAAUUUUAACAAAUUGUCGAAAAAUAAGGAAAGCAAAGAAAUCGUAAAGAAAUUAUGGAAUUUUAUAUACGAAGAAAUAAAAAGAAGAAUUUGGAUUAAAAGAUGCGAUGAGAUAGCUGAAAUAGAAAAGAAAGAAGAUUUAGCAAAAAUGACGCUAAAGAAAAGGAAAAACAAAGAUAA